GUUUACGACGGGGUGGCGUUAUGACACUUUUACGUAUUAUCAUAAACCGCUUUCUGUAUAUUUGGGGUAUUUCAGAAUAAUAAUCAUCCACCGUGUAUACAAAUGUGUGGUUUCUAUACAAAAUUAACUUCCUCUUUGAACAGAAAGAGCCUCGAACUCUCGCUAUUUUCAUCCUCACAAGUGAAGGGAACAGAAUACUUCAUGGUCCUGAUGCUGUAAUAGAGUUUAGUCCCUUAUGAGAGUUCACAUUAUCCCUCACUGACUGCUCCUGUGGAGUUCAAACACAAUUAAAACAUGGAUCAGCAAGAGUCUGGAUGUGCUGCAAAACAACUCGAGCAUUUGAAAAACGAUGCAACAGAUACGCCUGAAGUUUUGUCUCAGUUUAAGGGAAUGGACACGCCUGUGCAACCUAGAGGCAAGAAAAAUAGAAAAAAAUGUGAAGCAUCAGCAAAAAAGGAAAAGGGGAAAAUAUCCAUUACUAGUAGUCAAGUAAAGUCUCCAUCUAAAGUGGGACAUGUCGAGAAGGGCACUGAACACAUAUUUCGCACACACAUAUGCUCCGAAUGCAGGCGCUGCUUCAAGACUCGCUCCCAUCUGAUAGAACACACACGAAUCCAUUUUCCUGACCCCACUCUGCAAUGUCCCACCUGUAAACACCACUUCACCAGCAAAAGUAAGCUACGUGUCCACAUGCUAAGAGAAAUGGGACAGAAGCUGCACCAGUGUCAUCUAUGUGAGUAUAGAGCAGUGGAACGCAACUCUUUACGUCGGCACCUUGCCAGUGUGCAUGGACAUCAAGAGGACGAUGCUCCUAAGGGAGAGCCGUUCAAGUGUCCAACUUGCCAAAAAACAUUUGGUCAGAGUCAGGCAUUAAAGAGCCAUAUGAAGUCUCAUAACAAGACACAAGAUGGACAGCCAUUGCUUUGCUUCCAUAAAGGCUGCUCAUAUCAGUGUACAGAAAAGAAGCAGCUUUACAAGCAUGCAUUAGAUGCUCACAAAAUUGAGGCCACAGAGUGCCGCCAUCACGCCUGUGGGGCAUUUUUUGGCAGCCAAGAAGACAUGGAGAAGCAUUUUCGUACUCAUCAGGCUUAUCACUGCCCUCACUGUGACUUCUCGUGCUCAAAUAAGAGCAGUUUUCUGAAGCACAAAAGACAAGGACAUCCAGGGAAGCAAGAUUUGAACUGUAGCUUUUGCCCUUUUUCCACUCUCAACCCUGUAGAGUUCGAUCAACAUGUCGGCCACUUUCAUGCCAGUGAGAAAACACAUCAAUGUUCACAGUGCGGCUUUGUAACCGCUCACAAAAGAGUCCUAAAAAGACACAUGCUUAUGCAUACUGGUGAAAAGCCCCACAAAUGUACGCUAUGUGAGUUCAGAUGUCGUGAUGAAACAUACCUUUCAAAGCACAUGCUGACGCACUCCAGUGACAAGCAACACAUGUGCUCAGAAUGUGGAUAUGUUACAAAAUGGAAACACUAUCUCAGUGUCCACAUGCGUAAACAUGCAGGAGAUUUAAGGUACAAAUGUAAUCAGUGUUCAUAUCGUUGUCACCGCAUGGACCAGCUGAACAGCCAUAGACUCCGUCACCAAGAGAAAUCCCUGAUUUGUGAGGUGUGUGCAUAUUCCUGCAAGAGAAAGACUGAACUACGCAGCCAUAUGCAGCUCAAGCACUCCACAAAUGCAGAUGCCCAACCUCCUGUUUACCAGUGCAAGUUUUGCCCAUACACCACAAAGUAUCGGCAAGCCCUGCACAGCCAUGAGAACUGCAGGCACACACGGACACGCAUGUUUCGCUGUGCGCUCUGUCGAUACACCACAUUUAGCAACACUGGCCUCUUCUUGCACAAAAAGAAGUCCCAUGGAUAUGUGCCCGGAGAUGUGGGAUGGCUUGAGAAGUAUGCAGAGAAAGAAAAAGAGCAAAGCUCUGCGGAUCUGACACACAACUUCUUCUCUAAGACAGCAGCACCUCAAACUUCAAAUUCAGAAUAUAGAGAAGAAACGGGUCAAACAGAAGAGUCUAAUAAGACAAUAGGUGACUCACACAAUGUAUCUCUAAAUGAUAAUGAAGAUGAAGAAAAACAAGCCACUAUUGGACAAAAUGAUAAAAUGACAGCCAAUCUUUCUGAAAGACAUCCAAAUAAUGAAGAAGACUGCAACACCCUGCUUUAUAGUUCCCAAACCAGCAUGGAAAGCACACAGAUGAUACUUGCUGAGACAGUAAACAUACACAACACUGCAUUUUCUGGAUCUUACACAUUACAUUCAAUUCACCAGAAUAUUCCAGAACCAUCAGAUGAGGAAGAUGAUGAUGAUGGAGUUUAUUGUAGGGCUCAGAGUGACUCUGAAGACCUCACACAAUUGACAGGAAUUGAACUUCACCAGGACAGCUUUGUAGAGCCCUCAACUUCUGAGACUUGUCUGCAGGUCUUGAGAAAACAGGAUAAAGACCAGGCUAAAGCCCUCGUAUUAGAAGGCAAAGUACAGAUGCUUGUUGUCCAGACGCAGGACAAUAUGUAUCAAUGUAGCCGCUGUUCCUAUGUGACCAGAAAGCAGGCAGCAUUAAUUCGGCACUCCAAGACAUCCUGCCGCGUCAUGAAAACUGGAAUACACUGCCAGGACUGCGGUAUGCAUUUUAAACAGCAACGUUCUCUGCACACCCAUCGUCUCAGGAAGUGCCGGUCACUCCUGAGUGGCAGAAAGAAGUCUGAUUUCACAAAUGCCAUAGGAAAAUCAGGGAGUCGUGUAGGUCAUUCCUGGAGUACGAAUCUUAAAUCAGGAACCCCCACAAUUCAAACUAAAUCUCUUGAAGUCACAGAUUCAAGAUUACAGGGUUUAGCUGAACCUCAAGGGUCAUUGUCUCCAAUCAUUACUGAUGAAAUAAAUGAGACUGACUCGCUGCCAAGCACUUCUGAAGAAGGGCAGGCAACUAUCAGGAGUAUAAACAAGUUAGCGGAAGUGGAGGUAUCUAUAAAUGAUCAGAUCUCUGGCUACACUGAAGAAGGUGGCAGGUUUACUUGCAGAAAAUGUUCUUUCUCAUCAGUCAGGAAAGUCACAAUAGAUCGUCAUUGUGCCACGUGCAGUGGAAGUGCACCAAAGAUAUAUCUGGCUGAAAUGGCAGGGCAGUUUGAGCAAGAGGAUACUCUUAGUGACUCAGACCAGGAAGAUAAGGAUGUGAAUGAGGCAAAUGACUCAAAAGGGGAUUCGACAGAAGAAGAGAGAUCUCCAAACUCCAAACCCCGAUUCUCCUGUCCCAACUGUCCUUUUCUGUGCCACCAAAAAAGAGCUCUAGCAAGCCAUGAGCUAAAGGGCUGUUUAAAACAAGGUGAAAUACAGUGUCCACACUGUUCAUUUGUUGCCAAAUCAGACAAAUCUCUCAGCCAUCAUAUCCUAGGUCACAAGAAAGAUAAGGCUACCAAAGGUAAAAGGUCAAGUAACCUUCAGUGCGAUCUUUGUUCCUUUACCUGUAAACAAGAGCGGUGCCUGAUGCAGCAUGUUGCUGUGAAGCAUGAGGGAGUUCGUCCUCAUCAGUGCCGCUUCUGUUCAUUCAGCACAGUCCGUCGCUACCGGCUAGAAGCCCAUGAGUCCAUGCACACAGGUGUUGGGAGGCAUAGCUGUGAACUCUGUGGCCAAACCUUCGGUACCACAUCUAGACUACGAUUGCACCACCAACGCAUUCAUGACAAGCAGGCAACACACUUCUGUUCAGUUUGUGAUUACCGAGCCUAUAACCUCAACGACAUCAACCGCCACAACCUGAGCUGCCACACUGGUGAACUCCGCUACCAUUGUAGCCAAUGCGAUGCACGUUUCAGCUCUGAUGGUGCCUUGAAGCAGCACUGCCACAGAGUGCAUUCAGAUGCUAAUAGUCUAUCUUGCACCCAGUGUAGCUUCACUUGCAGAGGCCAAGCUGCCCUGAAAGCACAUAUACAGAGUGACCAUUCUGAAAAGACAAACGAUCUCAAAGAUUGUCUGGAAAAAAGAAGUAAGAAGUCCAUCAUCCACAAGUGCAUGGUUUGUUCCUUCAACACCAAUAAAAGGCUCCUUCUGGUCCAGCACAUGUUAGAUGAGCAUGAAGAUGGGCCAGCAGAGGAGAAAACUUUGAAGUGUGAUGUCUGUGGUUUCUCCUGCACCCACCAAGUGGUGUUUGACCAGCAUAUACGAUCACAUGGAGGAACUUGCCUUUUUAAGUGCACUGAAUGCGAGUUUUCCACAAGAAACAAACAGAAGAUCACUUGGCACAUUCGAAUCCAUACAGGAGAGAAGCCUUACCGCUGUGGGAAGUGCAAUUAUGCAUGUGCAGAUCCUUCAAGAUUAAAGUAUCACAUGAGGAUUCAUAUGGAUGAACGCAAAUAUCUCUGCCCAGAAUGUGGCUAUAAAUGCAAAUGGGUCAACCAGCUUAAAUAUCACAUGACGAAACAUACAGGUGCCAAACCAUAUGCAUGUGAGGACUGUGAGUACCGCACCAAUCGUGCCGAUGCUCUGCAUAUCCAUCGUGAGACACGCCACAGGGAUGUACGAUCCUUCAUAUGCGAGAAAUGCGGAAAGGCUUUUAAGACACGCUUCCUGCUUAAGACACAUCAGAGAAAGCACAGUGAAGCAAGGCCUUAUGUUUGCUCAGUGUGCCAAAAAGCAUUUCGCUGGCCUGCAGGUCUCCGCCACCAUUAUCUAUCCCACACCAAUCAGCUGCCAUUUUACUGCUUGCAUUGUCCCUACCGGGCCAAACAAAAGUUUCAGGUUGUGAAGCACCUUCACAGGCACCAUCCAGACUUGCCUAUCCAAAAUGGUGUGGGUAAAAACCAAGAAGCCUCUAGCGCCGGUACAAAGAAGACCUGGAAUGGGGAAGGAGGAAGACAAGAGGAUGACCAAACUGCUUUAGAGCACAUGCAAACUGCAGGGGACAUGUAGUUACACUUUAAACAUUUAUAUUGACUUGUGAUACAUAUUAUAUGUCAUUGCGAUCACAAUUCUCAUCAAACCACAGUGAAUAAACAUGUUUUACAGUA